AUGGCAUCAAAAACGAUUUAUUUGGUACGUAGGCUAUACAUUGCUAGCUUGCCCCACCCACCAAAAUGUUUGACACUUGAGCUAAAUGUCAACUGUUUCUGCCAGUUGUCUUAACAUUCUUGUGUUUGUAACGUUACAGCAAAGGGACCCGAUGCCAAAGAGAGAUGGCUUUGAAGACAUUUUGGAAGAGAGGAGGAACUCCAGCGACUUAAAGUAUGCAUUGAGGUGCUAUGCACCGGUUCUUUACAAGGGAGUCACUCCCUGCAAAGCAAACAUGCUCAAGAAUAUUGUCCUCCAAUCUGAUCAGCUACACUAUGUCAUUAAUCAGGUAGGUAAUCAGUGCCAUAGCCCGCAUGUGCAAACUGUCAUUGGUUGUUAUAAGUGUUAAAUCUCAGUUUUUCUAUUGUGCCUCACAAAAUAGUGACAUCUCAACCCCUCUGAUCCACAAUUUUAGGUUACAUGUAGAUUACAAAAUGUGUUGAUAAAAUGUGUGCAUGAAUGUAACUUUGACAUCACUUUGCAUGCAUGCAGGGUUAUCCUUGACUUUGUCACUAAAGGGUUAAUUCUAUCCCUUCACUGUUUAAACUAGUUUGACUACCAAUGACUAAGGUAUUGACGACAUCCUCUGAAACUGUCUUUAGGGUUAGGCAAUACAUGUAUUAUUCAUAACCCCUGCCUUCUGGUUGAUUAUCAUGCCCAGGUGUCACAAGAGUCUGGCGAGGCCCCUGACAUCAUCCAAGAAGAGGCCUCUGUCAUUCUGGAGGAGAUGGCCCACCGGCUCCAGAUCAGCACCGUCCGCUUCUUUGCAUUCGCUCUUAGCAAGGCCUUCAAAACCCUCUUCCAACAUGUCUGUGUCAACGAGGAGGGCAUCCAGAGAGUGAGUGUCCUGAGUCUGACAAAAAAAAAUGGUAGCUCACUUCCACAUCAAAUAGUAAUCUGAUUCUGAGUUAUGUUGUAAAUGUAAUGCAAAGUAGUACAUUAAGGAGUAUGGGAUAUUAACUAUUUGCCCUAUGAAUAAAGUUAAUUCAUAUCCACACGUUCUUCAUUUCUCCAGCUCCAACAGACCAUCCAGGAGCAUCCGGUGGUGCUGCUCCCCAGUCACCGUAGUUACAUGGACUUCCUGUUGAUGUCCUACAUCCUAUACACCUAUGACCUCGCCCUGCCUGUCAUCGCAGCAGGCAUGGGUAAGCAUCUGCUCCAAUGUCUCUCUGAACACAUUAAUGUUCACUGUGUAAAGACACUCUCUCCUUUGUUCUUUUAUCUUUUGUUUGGCUGAUUUCUGUUGUUGUUGCUCGCCUUAAUAUUGAGGAUAUUAUGGUGUGAUAUAGAUUUCAUGGGGAUGAAGUUUGUUGGUGAGAUGCUUCGGAUGUCAGGAGCGUUCUUUAUCCGGCGCUCGUUUGGAGGAGACAAGCUGUACUGGGCUGUGUUCUCGGAGUAUGUGAAGACCAUGCUGAGGGUAUAUACAAUGACAUACUGUUCUGUUCUGCUGUCCUUUUAUUGUGCUUUGUUGCUGUAACAAAGCGAGUGCUGAGUAUUAAUUUGUAUGUCUGUCUGUAUCUCUGAAUCUGUUCUUUAGAAUGGAUUUGCGCCUAUUGAGUUCUUCUUAGAGGGUACAAGAAGCCGAACAUGCAAGUCCCUCACCCCGAAAUUAGGUAAAUAAACAUCCAUGUUGUUUUAUAUUCCUGUAUCUGACUUGGCUCCUUGCUUUUGAUUGAGGUCAUUGCUGAGCUCUGCAUUUGUUGUGCAGUAUGUAGCAUUUCAGUUGUUUGAUUUAUGACAUUUUUCAUUUUUCAGCAAAUAAAUGCUAGGUGACAGGAAAUAGCUUUUCUGCUACCAUUACCAGAUUUUCUGUUAUAUAUCAAGGGAGAGGUGCCGGAAUUGACCCCAAUAAAUGUAAUUUUUUUAUGGUGACAGUGGCAUUAUUUCAAAACAAUACAAUGCUCUUGUCUGUAGAUGUAUGAGAAACCAAUCCACUGUGAUAAUUUCGGAACAUGGUUCUCAUCAUUUCAGGGCUACUGAAUAUCAUAAUGGAACCCUUCUUCAAAGGAGAAGUGUUUGAUGUCAACCUAGUGCCUGUCAGCAUCAGUUAUGAGAGGAUACUGGAGGAAUCUCUCUAUGCCAGAGAGCUCCUGGGAGUGCCCAAGCCUAAGGAGUCCACCUCUGUGAGUCACCACUAUGUGCCUAGUCCUGUACUGUACUGAUGGAUCUGAUUUACAACCAAGAGAGGUGUUGUCUGGAGAAAGUAGACUCACUUGAUUUCAUCAGUUUUCCAGUAAUGAUUGAAAAUAACUUACUUCCUGCAUACCUGGCCUCAUUGAUAUCUCAACUCACUUAGUUGAUAUCAUGCACCUGUGUUUACACAGCAUAUGCCAGGCAAUUGCAUAUUGACACUCAAACAUAGGCUGCUAUUUUGCCUUUCAGGGACUGUUGAAAGCCAGGAGAAUCCUCAGUGAAGACUAUGGCAGCAUUCAUGUGUACUUUGGCCAACCAGUGUCAGUACGGAGUCUGGCCCAGGGCAAGGUCAACCGCUCUAAGUACAACCUUUUCCCAAGGUAAACUUAUAUUCCUGGCUCGUCCCCAUUGUUAAGUCAAAAACAGACAAUUUAUGUAAUUUCAGGCAGUCGGGCAUGUUGAGAAUGAUCUGUUUUUUAUUUGUAUUGAUAACAACCAAAAUACGAAGAACUCCAGUACUGAUCUUUCUGAUUCUUCCCUUAUGUGUAGAUGAAAGGCAGGCAAUAUAUGGCACUUUUGCAUGUAAAUAGCACAUUUACAUUUUUGGCCAAGUGAUCUUCGGGCAACCCAAAAAUAUUCCUGACAUGCCCGAUGGGCAAGUGCCUUUCAGACUUUAAUGUCAAUCCCUGACUCAUAACUCUCCCCACUAGGUAAUGCUAAAGUGGAUUUUUUUCUCAGAUUAAAAAAUAAAUAAAAUUCAAUUGAGACCCUGUUUUAAAUUGAGAUGGUUAGUCAUGUUCUUCAGUAAUAUCUGGAGUCUUAUCUUGUUACAGACACAUCCCUAGGAAGCCCAUGGAGGAGACCCAGUCGUUUGUGAACGACACGGCCUACAGGAUAGUGCGUCUGCAGGAGGACAACAUGGUGCUGAAGCCCUGGGUCCUGAUGGCCUCCCUCCUCCUGCAGAACCUGGAGGGCCUGGAGCUGUCUGUGCUGACAGAGCAGACCCUCUGGCUCCGAGGCCUGGCCCUGUCCUAUGCUGCCUUCCUGGACUGGCCAGGUAGGAUCCACACCCAGCCAUAGGCAAUGCACAUUGAUCCCAGUGUAACUCUUCCUUUUAACUUUAACUCAUCAUUGAUUGUGCUUUAACUCUCCGGUUGACCUCAAAUUAUACAGUAAGCUCAUUGAUGCUGUUGCUUAGUGUUUUUUUGGAGCCUCAGCACAACCUAGCCUAUAUAUAUUUUUAUUUAAACCUUAUUUUACCAGGUACGUUGACUGAGAACACAUUCUCAUUUACAGCAAUGACCUGGGGAAUAGUUACAGGGGAGAGGAAUGAGCCAAUUUGAAGCUGGGGAUGAUUAGGUGGCCAUGAUGGUAUGAGGGCCAGAUUGGGAAUUUAGCCAGGACACCGGGGUUAACACCGCUACUCAGGACACCCGUUUAACGUCCCAUCUGUAAGACGGCACCUUACACAGGGCAAUGUCCCCAAUCACUGCCCUGGGGCAUUGGGAUAUAUAUUUUUGGACCAGUGGAAAGAGUGCAUCCUACUGGCCCUGCAACACCACUUCCAACAGCAUCUGAUCUCCCGUCCAGGGACCGACCCUGCUUAGCUUCAGAGGCAAGCCAGCAGUGGGAUGCAGGGUGAUAUGUUGCUGGCCAAAUAUAAAUGCAGCACAUUUGGUUCACCUCCAGGCAACAAGUGAAGGUCAUACAUAUUGCCUUAGAAUGUAAUCAAAGGCAAAGUAAUUCUCUUUUUUUUUGUUUUCUACUGCCCCACACAAACCUAAAGCUAUGUAAUCAGGGGGUUGAUUGCACUAUGGUCGUAUUGGAAUUUAGCCAGUGAAAGAAUCUUAACUUCCUUUCUCAGACAAAAGUGUUUCAUGAGCCCUAAAAACAUUCUCUACCUGAAAGUGCAGAGUCUCCAUUCACUCACUGACUUUGACUGGCCCUAUUUUAUUUAUCACACCCACUGCUCCUGAUGCAAUAUGUUGUUUGAUAUCCAGUUCCCUUUGAUGUCAAAAGAAUACAUGUUUGAGUAUGAGCGACUGAGCUAGCUCUAUAAUUAGCUACGUGUGAACCUCUGGGCUUGCUAACCAGACCCAGAUGAUGCUCUCGUGGCCCUUCCAGGCCUCAGAAGUCAGUCCCUUGUCACUUCUCUGGGGAUGUCCCCUGCCAUCCUUAAUGACUCACUGAUGUUGUGACAGGAUCUGAAGGAUCAUCUCAGUUAGACACCCUGCGUGUGCCUUCCAGGCAGAGCUAACUGCUGGGCCUCAUGUCACCUUGUUACUUUGUCUGACUCCCCUCUCUUUGUUUCUGUCUCUCUCUUUUCUCUCUCUCCUCCAGACCAUGCUCCCACAGCGAAGGUUGUGUCGUCCAGCCUGGCUCUCCACAGGGGCUUGGCGUGUGUCUCAGGGGGCCGGAUUAGUCUGGUGGUAGGGGAGCCCAUGGGCCCGGUGACCCCAGAGGAGGCUCUCUUUAACAGAGCCGUCAGCGUGCUCUCCUGUGCCUCCUACAGGAACCAGGUCCUUCACGUGUUCCUCCGGCCUGCCAUGCUGGCUGUGGCCAUGCACACCGCAGCCUCCUCUAAGAAAGGUGAGUGGCCUGGCUUUAGGCCAACUCUGAUCUCAUUAAUAAUAAUAGUACAUUCAUGGGUUUUAUAUAGCGCUUCAUGGACUAAAAUAUGCUUAUUAGAACUAUUUUAUUAGGGUUGAAAUAUAAUAUAUAGCCCCAGUUUGAGUUUCCACUCAAUAUACCUGAUUUUAUGUCGUCCCAAUAGGGUGCUAGCUAGAAUACAUGGCUGAGGUUUUGAAUGUGUGUUUUCCCAAUUAAUUAAAUGAAGGCUGCAUCUUUCAGAUGAAGUGUACAACUGCUUUAGCUUCCUUCGGAACAUGUUCUCCAAUGAGUUCAUCUUCUGUCCUGGAGACACUGUCCAGGUAAUACUUAAAUGCACAGUGAUGACUAAAAAAUACAACUAAAUAAUUUAAAGGAAUUUAAAAUCGUAAUAAGUUCUUAGUAUGCACUUAUUCCUAUGGUGAAUAUCCUUGCAGGACUUUGAGGAGGCGUGUUACCUGCUGGUGAAGACUGGUGCUGUUCAGAUGCUGCAGCACAAGAUAGAGAUGACCGAGAGAGGCCAGCCCACCCUCUCCUUCUUCAAUGGCCUGCUGGAACCUUUCCUACAAGGCUACCAGGUACACUGGCCCUCUGUCUAGCACUAAUGUAAACAUUUUGUCUGAGCAUGAUACUUCAUGAUGGCUUUCUAACUUUAUCAUAACUUAAAACACUUUUUUCUUACAUUUUACUCAAAGCGCUCAAGAGACUUGUAUAUUGACCUGAUGAUUUAGCAGUAUUGUUGACAUUGAUGGAGUUCCAAAAAGUUGUCAAUUAAUUUUACAGUGGCAAACUGUCUUGCCAAUGUUGUGAAAUAUGAACUUUCAUGACCAGUCUCCAGUAGAGGGAGCUCUAUAACCAGAGCAUUGUCACGUUAUGGCGUUACAUGCCGAGUGUCCACAAAUCAGCACUGCACAUUCCUCUGGAUGGUGCCACUCCGUGGUCUUCAGUGGCUGUGUAUAAGUUGACUGUGUUGUUGAAUUCCUGUGUGUGUCUCCUCUAGGUGGUGUGUCGGUACCUCUGUGAGGAGGCCAGUGAGGGCCUGACAGAGAAGCAGUACAUCCCUGCUGUCCGCAGCUUCGCUGUCAAACUCAUCCUAGCAGGUGCCUUCACUUCACACUCUAAAAUGUUUUGAGUGUGGUCUGGGUUCAGUCAGCAGGAUAAAAUGUUUAGUUUACCAACAAGUGGAACAGUGUACAUUUAUUUGGAUAGUCUCAAAUUAAUGGUUUGUAGAUGUUCAGUAGAUGUUCAACUAACUGUCAACAACAUUUUGACUUACUAUACACUAACCCUAGCCAUAACCCUAACCCUAGCUUUAUGUCCACAUCCAGCUAAGCUCUAACCCUAAACCUACCCACUGGGCACAGACGUCUGUCUAUUCCACAUUGGAUCAACGUAAUUUCAUUGAAAAGCUGUGGAAACAACGUUGAUUCAACCAGUGUGUGCCCAGUUGGCAGCUUCAUGUCUACACCCUUGUGCUUGGUUUAAAUGACACAAUGAAAACUGCCAUCUAGUGGCUGUAGAUGCCACUGCCAACUCUCAGAUGUGAGCAUUCUGUGUUGUGUGUUUUCACAGGAAACCUGAGGUGCUAUGAGGUGCUUUCGUCAGACAUGCAGAAGAAUGCUCUUGCCGCUUUGCUGCGCAUGGAUGCUGUAAGAAAGGUCAAAGUGUAAGUCCAGUUCAACUGCUCCUAUGUCUGGGUUGUGAAGUCUCAUUUUGCUGUGGGAAUGUUUGUACUGACUGAAUAAUUUGUUAUUUCAUUUCAGAGCUGAUCAAGUCACUCUCAAAGUGAACAAGAUGGCUGUGAACUCUAUAGACGAUACACUGGGUAAGAGUGGAAUUAUCAGUCAGAUCAAUCAGACUCAGAUCAGGCUCUCUCUUAGUACUCUAGCAGAAGAUAUGUAUAGAGAUGGGUUGACACAAAGUUAUAUAAGAUGAUGGUAUAUUUAAUUAUAUUUGAGUCACACAGGCUUGUGUAGUGCUGUUUCAUUUCAAAUGGCUGCAUCAGGUACUGAGGACCGGCCUACUUACACUUUUUGUUACAGCAGUUGUCAUGACCCACUUUGGAUGAUGUGGCACUGGCACAUUCAUGACAGCUAACCUAUAGUGGAUUUUCCAUUACACACCACAAGUGUAUGAGUCCUGAUGGUUGAUUUUGUUUUUUGUCUCUUCAGGAGGCAAACUUCCCACUCAGAAAGCUGUCCUCGCUCGACUGUAA